AUGAAUCCUACGGAGGUUAACCAAACUGAUCAAUGCUUCAGGUUUUCCUGUCCAGAGAGAUCUGUAUCUGCUGUAUAUGUGUUGUUGUAUGUAUCUGCAGCUGCUGUAGUUCUGCUAACAGUGUGUGGAAAUCUGCUCAUCAUCAUCUCUGUUUGUCACUUCAAGCAGCUCCACACACCAACUAACAUGCUCAUCCUCUCUCUGGCUGUGUCAGACUUUCUGGUCGGAGUUUUUGUGAUUCCUGUAUCAUUAAUAUGGAUGAUCGAAUCAUGUUGGAUUUUUAGUGCAGUUUAUUGUGUAUGUUUUAUUUUGAUGUCUUAUUUUCUAACAAACACAUCAAUAUUCAAUGUUGCUCUGAUUGCAGCUGAUCGGUAUUUUGCUCUCUCUAAUCCAUUUCUAUACAGUAAUACAGUCUCUGUGAAUAUUAUGUGUAUUGUGGCUUUAUGUACUUGGUUUGGGAUAUUGUUUUAUAAUGUAGCACUUCAGUACUUCAAUGGAUACUAUGCAAGUGUGGUAAUGUGUCCUGGACACUGCUUUUUGAUCUUGGAUGAGGUCUGGUCUUUGGUUGAUCUUCUGAUGUCCUUUGUUUUUCCAUGUGCUGUUAUAGUCAUAUUGUAUAUUCUAGUUUUUUUUAUCGCAAGGAAACAUGUCACUGCUAUCAGAGAGCUUAAUGCUCACACUAGAGUGACAGACUCGAUGAAAUCAGAGAGAAAAGCAGCUAAAGUACUUGGCAUUCUGGUGUCUGUGUUUCUGGGAUGUUUAUUUCCAUAUUUCAUUUAUACUGUAUUAGGUAACGUAAUAGAAAUUGAAAUGGGAUCUUUUCAAAAAGUCUUGUUGUUGGUUUAUCUUAAUUCUACCAUUAAUCCAGUUAUUUAUGCUCUGUUUUAUCCGUGGUUUAGGAGGUGUGUUAAACUCACUUUAACUCUACAGAUAUUUAACACAGAUUCUGCUCUGAUGAAUGUCCUUUGA